GUUUUUUUAGUUUUUAAAAUCCUUACCUUCUGUGUUAAAAUUGAUACUAAGUAUUGAUUCUAACAGAAAAGUGAUAAGAACUAGGCAAUUGGAAAGUGUCUGAGGCAAAAUUUGAACUCAGGUCCUCCCUCUGUGUGUGUGUGUGUGUGUGUGUGUGUGUGUGUGUGUGUGUGUGUGUGUUUUAAAAUGUGUAUUUGUGAAUCUUUUAUGUUUGGUACUUCUUCCAAGGCAGAUUCCUUCUGUAUAAGGAAUAUCUUUUAUUCCCUCUCCCUUUUGGGAAAGUGAUAGAUGUGAACCAUAGUUUUUGAUGGAAGUAAAAUUGUCUCUGGAGUGGGGUUGAAUGGACCAAUGGGUGUGAGAAAAGGAAGUCCCGCCCCUCAGAAGCCACACUCUCCCUCUCCCACACCUUUAAAUCCCCUGCCCUUUUCUCCUCCCUAAUUGAAUCCAGUCUGAAUGACCUGAACAGGGAAUUAAUUUCACAGUCCCUCAGCUACAAUGGCCCCAGUUAUGAUAUCCUCAAAGUUAGACUAUGAGACUCAUUCUUAUGUCCAACUUGAGUCCUCUCUCUGGACUCUCAGAUCAGCCUUUCCUGUACUUGGCCAACUGUGGUGAAAGGUUGAUGACAUCACAGUGGCAUCCCCAUGGCAGCCACUGAAAACAAUAUGGCUUAGUUCGAGGCACAGGUAGAGAGCAGGAAAUGUGUCCAAGUAAAAGUUUCUGGAGAACAUUGAAUCUGGCUAAUCUAGACUGCAGUCACUUUUGUUAAGCAGACAUAUAAAAAAAACUCUUCUUUUUAAGAAAAUAGAUUCUGAAACAAGCAUCUUAAAGCUAAAUAAGGAGGUCUAGUCACAUAAACUGACUUUCCUUCUUCUCAGAGAGGGCACAUGACUGGAACUUUCUUUACCUAAAACUAGUUUGGCACGUAGAGACCUAGUGGUGGCAUUGCUAAGUCAAAAGAGGUUUUUGUCAUUGUUUUUUGCAGUAGCCGUAAUUAUGUUCCUAAGGCAUACUGACCCAGCCCACUAGGAGACCAAAAAUGGAUCCAGAGAAGUUUGGAGAGACUUUAGCCUACCUAAAGAAAAUAAAGGAAGAUAUCAUUACAGACAAAGGAGAUUGGCAACAGAUGAUAGAAAGACGUCGGAAAUUGAACAAUACCUUGGGUUCAUUAAGAAUGAAAUUGGACUCAUUAAGAAAUCGAAUGGAUAAGCUAGAUAAAAAAAUAGAAGACAGUAAAAAUAUAUUCAAAGAACCUAAAAGUUCGAAUGACAUAGUCUACCAGCAGGCCAAAAAUGAAUCUGAAGAAUAUUGGAGAAGAAUCUUAAAAGAGGAUAAAGGGAAAAAAUCAUUGGCAUUAGAGGAUGAAACAAUGUAUGAAAAUGUGGCAGAACAAAGAAUACCAGACAAUGAAAGUGGAGUCAAAGAACAUGACCAGAACUUGACUGACUCAGCCCAUCAGAAGACCAAAAGUGGGCCUGGAGAAGAUCAGAGAGAUCUCAAACUCCUUCAAGUGAAUAAAGGAAGACUUCAAUAUGGAGAAAAAUCCUCAGCACCAGAAGAUGAAACAAUGUAUGAAAAUGUGGCAGAACAAAGGAUACCAGACAAUGAAAGUGGAGUCAAAGAACAUGACCAGAACUUGACUGACUCAGUCCAGCAGAAGACCAAAAGUGAGCCUAGAGAAAGUCAGAGAGAUCUCAAACUCCUUGAAGAGAAUAAAGGAAGAUUUCAAUAUGGAGAAAAAUUCUCAGUAUCAGAAAAUGAAACAAUGUAUGAAAAUGUGGCAGAACAAAGAAUACCAGACAAUGAAAGUGGAGUCAAAGAAUAUGACCAGAACUUGACUGACUCAGCCCACCAGAAGACCAAAAGUGUGCCUGGAGAAGAUCAGAGAGAUCUCAACCUCCUUCAAGGGAAUAAAGGAAGAUUUAAAUACAGCAGAAAGUCCUCAAGAUCAGAAGAUGAAACAAUGUAUGAAAAUGUGGCAAAGCAAAGACUACCAGACAAUGAAAGGGGAGUCAAAGACUAUGACCAGAACUUGACUGACUCAGCCCACCAGAAGACCAAAAGUGUGCCUGGAGAAGAUCAGAGAGAUCUCAACCUCCUUCAAGGGAAUAAAGGAAGAUUUAAAUACAGAAAAAAGUCCUCAAGAUCAGAAGAUGAAACAAUGUAUGAAAAUGUGGCAAAGCAAAGACUACCAGACAAUGAAAGGGGAGUCAAAGACUAUGACCAGAGCUUGACUGACUCAGUCCAGCAGAAGACCAAAAGUGGGCCUGGAGAAGAUCAGAGAGAUCUCAAACUCCUUCAAGCGAAUAAAGGAAGAUUUAAAUACAGCAGAAAGUCCUCAAGAUCAGAAGAUGAAACAAUGUAUGAAAAUGUGGCAAAGCAAAGACUACCAGACAAUGAAAGGGGAGUCAAAGACUAUGACCAGAACUUGACUGACUCAGCCCACCAGAAGACCAAAAGUGUGCCUGGAGAAGAUCAGAGAGAUCUCAACCUCCUUCAAGGGAAUAAAGGAAGAUUUAAAUACAGAAAAAAGUCCUCAAGAUCAGAAGAUGAAACAAUGUAUGAAAAUGUGGCAAAGCAAAGACUACCAGACAAUGAAAGGGGAGUCAAAGACUAUGACCAGAGCUUGACUGACUCAGUCCAGCAGAAGACCAAAAGUGGGCCUGGAGAAGAUCAGAGAGAUCUCAACCUCCUUCAAGGGAAUAAAGGAAGAUUUAAAUACAGAAAAAAGUCCUCAAGAUCAGAAGAUGAAACAAUGUAUGAAAAUGUGGCAAAGCAAAGACUACCAGACAAUGAAAGGGGAGUCAAAGACUAUGACCAGAGCUUGACUGACUCAGUCCAGCAGAAGACCAAAAGUGGGCCUGGAGAAGAUCAGAGAGAUCUCAAACUCCUUCAAGCGAAUAAAGGAAGAUUUAAAUACAGCAGAAAGUCCUCAAGAUCAGAAGAUGAAACAAUGUAUGAAAAUGUGGCAAAGCAAAGACUACCAGACAAUGAAAGGGGAGUCAAAGACUAUGACCAGAGCUUGACUGACUCAGUCCAGCAGAAGACCAAAAGUGGGCCUGGAGAAGAUCAGAGAGAUCUCAAACUCCUUCAAGCGAAUAAAGGAAGAUUUAAAUACAGCAGAAAGUCCUCAAGAUCAGAAGAUGAAACAAUGUAUGAAAAUGUGGCAAAGCAAAGACUACCAGACAAUGAAAGGGGAGUCAAAGACUAUGACCAGAGCUUGACUGACUCAGUCCAGCAGAAGACCAAAAGUGGGCCUGGAGAAGAUCAGAGAGAUCUCAAACUCCUUCAAGCGAAUAAAGGAAGAUUUAAAUACAGCAGAAAGUCCUCAAGAUCAGAAGAUGAAACAAUGUAUGAAAAUGUGGCAAAGCAAAGACUACCAGACAAUGAAAGGGGAGUCAAAGACUAUGACCAGAGCUUGACCGACUCAGUCCAGCAGAAGACCAAAAGUGGGCCUGGAGAAGAUCAGAGAGAUCUCAACCUCCUUCAAGGGAAUAAAGGAAGAUUUAAAUACAGAAAAAAGUCCUCAAGAUCAGAAGAUGAAACAAUGUAUGAAAAUGUGGCAAAGCAAAGACUACCAGACAAUGAAAGGGAAGUCAAAGAACAUGACCAGAGCUUGACUGACUCGGUCCAGCAGAAGACCAAAAGUGGGCCUGGAGAAGAUCAGAGAGAUCUCAAACUCCUUCAAGGGAAUAAAGGAAGAUUUAAAUAUGGAGAAAAAUCCUCAGCAUCAGAAGAGGAAACAAUGUAUGAAAAUGUGGCAGAACAAAGAAUAUCAGACAAUGAAAGUGGAGUCAAAGAACAUGACCAGAAUUUGAUUGAUUUGAAAAAAAGAAAACCUAGCAAUAAGAAUUUAGGACAAACUUUUGUUCUAAAUGGCAGAAGACUGAAUUUAAGAUAAUUUGUUGGUGUACUGUGAAAAAGGGAAAGACUUAAGCAUUAUAUACAUAUACAGAAUGAUCUUAAAACUGUACUAAGAGUUUAGGGAUGCCCAGUAAUUCAAGAAAUAAAGAUAAUUUCCUAAAGUUAGCAAGAACAAAUUAGCUGCAGAAAGAAAGCAUUCAUAGAAUCCCAAUGGAGAAAACCCAAAAUUACAUAUCCAAGGAAUAUUAUUAAAACUUCAAAGAUGUAGUGAUAAAAAUAAAACUAAGCCACAAUAAAGAAAAAAAGUCUAACCUA